AAUUCUGAUCUCAAAUCUUGAUCGGAACGAAUGUUCAGAGAGCCGGUUUGUAUUCAGUACUGAUUUGUAUGUCGGACCAAAAGCAGGAAGUGGAGCUCAACCGGAGUCGAGCAAUGGCUGGAGAUCUCUGGCUCACAAAGUAUGAUGCCACAUGCCUUUUAGCACAAGAAAUUGCUGAAAACAUUCAUGAACGUAACGGACAGAAGAGAACGGGAGGUAAUCCUUCUAAGUUAAAUUUGAUGAUUCGGGCAUCUCUGCAGAGACUCCAAGAGCAGAUUAACCAGCUGAAAGAUUCUUUGUUGCGAAGUUUGUCAACCCGCCAAAUUACACAGCUUGAAGCAGACAGACGUCAAAACAUGGUGGAUGAUUUGUUAACAAGAGAGCGACAACUUCAAACAUCCUUCAAGAAAGAUGGCACGGAACCUGACAUAAUGAGGACCAGCCUUAUGAACAUAGAUCCAAAGAGUGGUCCCAUCAAUCCUUGGUUAAUGGAGGAACCAGAAGAAACAAAAGGUCUUGAUUUUAGUGAAAUCAAAUUUCAACAGCAGAGGAUCAUACAAGAGCAAGAUGCGGGCUUGAGUGCUCUGGCAACAGUGAUAGCGAGACAGAAACAAAUGGGUCAGGAUAUAGGAAAUGAAUUAGAUGAACAAAAUGAAAUCAUUGAUGACCUCACACAUUUAGUGGAUAAAACAGACUCCAGAAUUCAGAAUGAAACAAGACGUGUCAAAUUGGUUGAUAAGAAGUCAACUUCUUGUGGGAUGCUGGUGGUUAUUGUAUUGUUGUUGAUUGCCAUUGUCGUGGUUGCCGUGUGGCCAGUAAAGUAAUCAAGCGAAAGUGGCGCAAACAAGACUCUUCAAUGAAUAUGGACUGGAUGGUAAAACUGGAACACGUGUUCUUCUUCAGACCACCAGAGCAAGUUUGAAAUAAGUUUUCUUAUUCAAGCAAUAGAGAACAUUUCAAUGUGUUUGAUCAAUAUGGUUCCCUUACAAUUAUUUAAUACUCAAGAUAGACAAUUAAUCAAAGCCAAAACAUAACUCAAUUAUUUCAUUACUUGCAGUAUGAUUUUCAAUUCAAAUUAAGAUCCUGCCUUAAAUUCAGAAAUGAUAGUUCUAACUCUUGAGUAGUAUAAUAUCCAAGGGGUGUAAGUAAUGCAUUUGAUUUAUCUUACUGACCGCAUAAUUUCAGUUUGUAUUUUUCUCCUCCUAAUAUAUAUAGGGAUACCCAGAACUUUAGUACUUUACAAUUGAUUUCCUUUGCCAAAGCUAAACCAUUGAAAGUAUGUUCAAUGUUCAAAUAAAAUACAUCACAUUUCUGACAUGUUCCUAGAUGAGAAUUAUAAACAUUUUUACUACUGCGCUCUGUUGUUCUGUUAACUUGGUUCUCCCAUUCUUUUAUAUUAUAUUUCUGAUUGUAAUUUUAUUACCUAAAUGAGAAUGUGUAUGAUCAUCUAAAAUGCUUCAGUGACCUUGUUAAAUAAGGCAGCUUUUACUCACUCACACGAUUACUCUAUUUUCCCAGGAAAAAUGCUUUUCUCAGUGUCUGCAGGGUCAGCGAAGGGGCUCCUAGUAGGGCACGGGGAGUGUGUGCUAACUCACUGCCUGUAAACAGUGUUACUGUUCACACGCCUUUGUGAAAUUGAAACUUGGAACAAAUUGCUUUCAGUGUGGAAAUUCCAAUCUAACAAAAUAGCAAUUAGAAACCAUUUCCUUAUAAUUUCAUGCAGUUGUGUACUUCAUACAUUGUGUAUGAUUUUAUACAAUCAUUUAGUAAAAGUAUUCAGAAUAUGGUGUGUGAAUAAAUAUUUUCCAACUCUUUUAGCUUGUGUCUUAUGUGUAAUUGGUAACUUUCUUUUCAUUGUGGUCAAAUUUAAAAUUUGAAGAUCACCAGUCUUAAUACCUAGGACCACCAUAGUCUUAUUUUCUUCAUGUUAAAGAGAGUUUCUACUGUGUGUUCAAGGUAAUAAAACCACAUUUUUAUGUAUCCAUGUCUCUUGAAAUCUUCUGCUCUCUGCAUGUAUCAUUUUUAAUACAAAAAAGUGACAAAUUCUGCAAAAUUCCCUUGCAUCAAAAUAAACCCAAGCAGCUUUCAAAAUGCUUGAAUGAUAAAGCAAACUACGGGUUUCAAUCCUUCUAAGGGAAUUUAAGAUGAUCACAGAAAUGUGGCCCAUCUGUUUACUUACUUAACUGCCUUCAAGGGAAAAAUAACAGAAGAGCAACGAUCCUCUGUGGGCUGAUUCAGUCUGCUGUCAGUAUAUCCGCCACAGAUCUGGGGAGAUGUGGGCGGGGGGGGGGUGGGUGGAGGUGAGUGGAAACUACCUUGGAAAAUGCAAUGAGAUAACACCAAUGGUUAGUCCAUCAUUUUGAGAGCGUACUUAACAGCCUCAUUAAUUCAGUUCAAUUAUGCAGCUUUGUUUCAGUCACCACAAAUCCACAUGACUGAUUUUAAUUUGCUUGGUGGCUUUUCUGUUAUGUUACUGGUGUACCUUUAAGUAAAAUCUGUAGUAUUUAUUCAAUCAUAAUAAAGAAACAGUAAUUAUAUUUUCCUUUCUUCUACUAUGUCAUCUUAGUUGUCAUUUCCAGGGUCAAUGUUAGACCAUACUUCAUUCUAAAACAUAAUGGGGAAUUUCUGUCAAUGGUGAAUACAAUACGUCAAUAGUUACAUAGAUCCUUUUUUAAAAUAUGAGCAAUUGUCUACUGAUAUGAAAUCUGAAGCAUCUGUUAAAUUAUUUGUGAUCUUUGUGAACUUCAACUGAAAAUAAUUGUGUAAAUUUGUAAUCUGUAAAUAAUUUUAUAAUCAUUCUCCUAUACAUCAUUGUAAUGUAUUUUCUUGAAAAAAUAGAUAAGAUCUAUACUUAUCUGUUAUUUUAAAUACUUAAAAAUUUGUAUUUUUAAAACAGAUUCAUUUUUAUGAGGCAAAAUUAUACCAUCAUCAUCCAAUUUCUGAAAAUUAAUUGUUACUAUAUGAGGCCACCAGAGAAUAGCUAAUAACCAGUGACUAGUUUUGUUUCCUUAUUUUCCUGGCGGACCUCCCAAAACAACAUUUUGAAUGUAUUAAGAACAAAUUGAAUUAAGUUUACUGUUUUAUUAAGUAGUGGGGUCUUUGAAAAUUAUUGGCACCCUCUGAAACUUUUCAACCCAAUAAGUUAGAAGACAAAGUGAUGCAUCUGUUAUUUCGUGUAGUAUCUAUUCCAUAAACAUUGUUGUAGCCCUAAUCAUGGUUGAUAAUUCCUCAAUAUCCUUACAGCAUUUUUCUCUGUUAUUCCCAUGAAGUGUGUGAUUCCCAUGCAUGCUUGUAAGUCCAAAACUUAUUGGUGGUUUAUUGUUGGCAGUUCCCCAACUGCACACCAACUUUGAACUCUUCAUCAACCUGUGGACUUGGCACAGUAUCAACAGGACAAUUCAACUGAAUGCAGAAGCUCAUCUGUGGUGAACGUGGGUAAAUAUAAAGUAAUUUAUAACUUCUGAAUUAAUAUACUUUGCUAAAUGUUCAUUGUUGUCUUAAUGUGUCUUAAUUGUAUUACUUCUUAAUAAUUUUAAAAUAUUUUAAUUGUUAUGAUUUGAACAUCCUUUGAACAUUUCAUUGUGAUAUUCAUUAGCAGUCAAAAUCCUUGAUAGGUUUGACAAGUGACUGGAGGCACAUAUUAACCAGCUGUGAAAAUCCCUUUCUGUUGUUCUGUGGAUAGAAAUUGCUCUGGUCAUCUGAUGAGCAAAAAGUCAGCAAUGAAGGUGGAUGCUUAAAGUUUACAGCGAGUUCUGGCCCAACAUUUUUGAAAAGUCUUCCAUCAAUACCUGGAAAUAUCUUUCAAAUCUAUUUAAUAUUUUUAGCUUUUUAAAAUGAUUAUGAUAAUGUGACAGUAUAAACAAGACAAACAUUCUCACACAAUUUCCAAAUAAUAGUAAAGUGAGUUACUAAAACAUUUAAUUCAUUCUGCUUACUUGAAAAAGACCAAACGUACUGAGUCAAGUUAUGUACAGAAAUCUGUAAUGUGGCUAUUCGUAACAGAAGUUGUUCACUGAUAACUUAAGAAGGUUUUCUUAGUUGUGUCUUUUCUCAUUUUCUUUACUUACUUAGCAAUUCAGCGCAGUACAGGCCCUUCUUUCUUGAGGAUGAAGUCUUAUGUUUGGGUUCUGUGGACUGCGAUGACUAGGGUGGGUGUUGGACAGAUGUGAGUGCAAACUGUAAGGGGUUGAACUUUGUGAGGUUUCUGUUGACACUCCACCAAAUCUCUUCAGAGCUGGUAAAUAUUUUAGGACAGUGAAAAGUUUGUAAAUAGUACCAGCUGAUGUUUGUCAAUGGUGUAGGGGAAUAUCAGUUGCAGGAAGGGUAUUUGGAGGAGCGGCUGAGAGUCCAGUGGGUAGUCAUAAUUUUUAUUUGUGGUGAUUGUUGUAAUAGAGACCCAGUGAUGAUCAAAGAUUAGGUUGGGGCGGGUGGGGAAGGCAGACUGGUGGUUAUUAUGAUGUGGUCACUGUUGGAUUUACUGGCUUUCUUUCUGAUCCUGGAGUAAACACAAAGAUUAGCUUAAUUUGUCGCAUGUAUAUUGAAACAUACAGUGAAAUGUGUUGUUUGCAUCAAAUCACGUUGGUGAGUAUUGUGUCACCAUGCUUCCAGCACCAACAUAGCAUGCCCACAAAUUACUAAUCCCAACCCUUGUGUAUGUGGAAUGCAGGAAGAAGCCAGAGCACCAGUGUAGUCACGGGGAGAACAUACAAACUCCUUCCAGUGGUGAGAACCCAACCCUGAACUUAUAGAUGGGUCUGUAAUAGCAUUAUCUUCGCCACUAUACUGCCGUGCCAAAGCACAGCUACCAAUUCAUUUACCUCCUGGAUUCAGUUUUUGCUUGCUUUAAGCUGCCAUGCUUCCCAGUGUCUUCUGAACUUUAAUGUUUCUAAUUAAAGAAUAGUUUUUAAAGUGAAACCAGGCAGUGCUGGUUUGAUAUUUAAAAGGACGGUUCCUAUCGGCAAGAUUGAUGAUCAUCCAUUGUUUGGCCUGCGCUGAAACCAGUAGAGGGGAUAGAGACCGAUUUCUCUUCUAAUUGUUUGCAGUUUAGCUUCAGCCAUUUUAUUAAAAUAAAGAUCUGGAAAAGGAAGGAUUUAUAAAAUGUGUUUAUCUUUGUGGAUGAGAUAGCGGCUGGCAUAGCACCUGUGGUUCCAGGGAUCCAGGCUUUAUCUUGAUCUUCGUGCAGUUUGCAUCUUCUGCCAGGUACUCCGCUUGCUUUCCCCAUUUCAAAGAUUCGCUUGUAGUUGUGUUAGCAACUGCAAAUGAACUUCGCUGUGGCUAAGCAGCAAAUAAAAAUCAAAGAAAAAUGCUGGACAUGUUAAAACGUGUAUGUUGAUGGGGCAUAGGAAAAUAAGGGCGAAUGGGAGUCACGGAUUGCUCCAUUUUGCACCAGCAUGGACCAGAUGAGCCAACUAGCCUUCCUCCAUGUUGUAAUAAGUAAGGCCAAGAUAACUGAAAAUAUUUAUGUGCAUAGACAUUCUGUAAAGUCAAAACUGUCAGGGUUGUUGGAGCCUAUAGCACUAAUUUAGAAUUCAACUGACUUUUUUGGCAGAUGAAACUACUUCAGGACAUGUUAACAUUUCUUACUUUUCUUCAAUAUUUACUUAGCUUUCAUUUUGGGUCACUUGACAGUCUAUCAUACUAAUAGCUCUCUGGACUCUCCAGUGUCUGCUCAUUUUGGGACCUCCACAUCUUAUCAGUUAACUACGUGGAUUGUGGCCUUAUUUCCCCAGUUUUCCCCAAUAUAAUCCAGUAAUUAUAUUAGAAUACUGUAUGGAAUUUUAGAGUACUUCCAAGUCACCUAUUAAUAUACAUGUUGUGCAGGUUCUGCUGGAGGCAAAUGCCAAUACUAUAUAGAUAGAUUUAAACAUAAUAAGCAAUGAUCAGAUGCCUAAUUAAUUUUCCUGUCUCUGAGUAGUAGCCAUUCUAAGCAAAGCAAAAUUUUUCCAGUUAUUUAAUUUUAGCAGCAUUACAGAGGAAUUAAAAUGUAUAUUACAGUGCAAUCCACUUAAGAUUUCUGCUAUGCAGUGUUUCAUAAAAGCUUCAUUUAUGGCAAAAUAUAUUCAAUUUCUAGCUAAUACAAUCUAUAUUAUAAUUCUGCAACGCAGUCUGUGUUUCCAGAUGACUUUCUCUUGGUUCCAACAAUAUUCGUGAAUUACUCAAGCCUGACAUGUGUAUUCAAUAUAAUUUAUUUAUUUAUAUGAAUGUAUUUGGAGAUGCAGUGGAGAAUAGGCCCCUUGAGCCAUGCCACCCAGCAACCCCCAAUUUCACCCUAACCUAAUCAUGGGCAAUUUACAAUGAGCAAUCAACCUACUGUCCGGUACAUCUUUGGACACUGAGAGGAAACCGGAGCAUCCAGAGAAAACCAACGCAUACCAUGUGGAGGGCAUACAAACUCACUACAGGGGACUCCAGGAUUGAACUCUGAACUCUGACGUCCCGAGCUGUGAUAACGUUGCACUAACUGCUACGCUACUGUGACGCCCCAUGUUAUUUCAGCUGCAACAGUUUCUCUGAUUCAGUUUACAAUUCUUAACUUUGUAUUAUCUCAGAAACUAAACAGGUUCACCUAUAACGAAUGUAUCAGCACACAUGUUCUUGUGUUCUUUGAGAAAUGUAACUCUGAAAUCUAUAAACAAUUUAAUCAAAAAGAAUGUUUCAGUUUCCUGGAUUAGACAUGAUAAACUUUUACAGUACCAACAUGAUAUGAUCAAAGUCUGAACAUUUUCACAUAUAUCAACUAGUUACGUUCAGUCUGGAGUAUCAGUUCACUAAUGAACUUAGAGAAGAAAGAAUUUUAAACUUUAUAAAAAAAAACUUGAUUGUACAGCCUGGUCAGUUAUUUACACAAUUUUCAAUUUUUUUCCCCUCUUUUGAAUAUGAAAAAUUCACAACACGAAUAAAUCACAGCAAAUAUUAUAUGGUAUUGUUUACAAGACUUUAUUCAACUGAAUUCUGGAUUUAAUUCUAUCAAGUGUGGGUGCUCAGCAGUUAUAGUACAUGUUCACAUCUGGUUCAAUUACAGCCAUCUAACAACCAAAAAAUCCACAAUUUUAUGUGUAAUUAAAUAUAUUCAUAUAUAAUAAUGAUAAUAUAUUAGUAUGCAUUGUAGGAAAACAUUGCAAACUAUGCAAUGACCAUAACUAAACAACAUUUACAGUUCAACUUAUUAACAGGUAAAAGUAUAGCCCGACAGGUCUGUGUAGAAGGGGAAUAGUAAAGUCUAAGUUAGCUGGAGUAUGGCUGAACUGAUAUAAAAGUCUUUUUUUCCCAGAACUACAUUACAUCAAUAUAAACACA